GCGCGUAUACUGCUGGUUUCUCCGUGUUGCUAGCAGUCGAAGUCGCAUAGCGCUGUUGACAUUCACAACCGGUAGUUGGCCAAAGAAAUUAUUACAAGACACAAAAAUGGCGGAACGAAAGGCAGUGAUCAAGAACGCCGACAUGUCGGAGGAGAUGCAACAAGACGCCGUGGACUGCUCCACGCAGGCGAUCGAGAAGUACAACAUCGAGAAGGACAUUGCCGCCUUCAUCAAGAAAGAGUUCGACAAGAAGUACAACCCAACAUGGCACUGCAUUGUGGGAAGGAACUACGGAAGUUACGUCACCCACGAAACAAAGCAUUUUAUUUAUUUCUAUUUGGGACAGGUUGCGAUCUUGUUAUUCAAGUCUGGUUGAAGGAUGUGAUUGAGAGAUGCCUCGCUACGGGAAGGACCAAAUAAACAGUCAUGAAUCUCGGGAUUAAACGAAUGAAUGGAGUUUAAAUGUAUCUGAUGUGAUACUUGAAGAAGGAAAACAAAUUUGUUAAGAUGAAGUGACAAUGUUAUAGUAAUAUGAAUGGCGUUUCUUCCGUGGAUUUCUUUUACUUUAUUUUCAUUUUUUUUUUUUUUUUUACUGUAUUCUAGAACUUGAAUUUAUAUUCGUACUUGCUUUCUGUGUGGACGUUUUCAUUUUCUUGUGUAAUAUUUAUAACAUGUCUUGACUGUGAUAACAUACGGUAGAACAUACAGGGGACGAUAUUUCAAAUUUUAGGUAACCAGAACGUAGUUCAUCUAGGUAACCUAUUGUUUGAACACACGAAUUUAUAUUUGCAUAGAGCAUAGAAUUCUGCUGAUUGAAAGGUUUGCUUACUGUGAUAGCAUAUGGUGGAAUAGAAAACGAUAUUUCAAAAUCUUAGGUAACCAGAACGUAGUUCACCUAAGUAACCGAUUGUUUGGUCACACGAAUUUAUGUUUGCAUAGCGAAUAUAAUUUUGCUGAUUGAAAGGUUUGCUUACUGUGAUAGGAUACGGUUGAGCAGGGGACUGAUUGUUUGGUCAAGCGAAUUUUAUUUGCAUAGCGAUUAGGAUUUUGCUGAUUCUGAAGUUUGCAACUUUUAAUAUUAGAAUGCAAAGGUUCGCCACGUAAUCGAUCGGUUGAUCGCGUGAAUUUGAAGUUGCGUAACCGUCACGCGAACAGAACGACGGUUCUUGUGAAAUAUUGUGCCCUGGUGGAAUCGAUCAAAACUUCGAUGUGCUCGUUGCUUACUUUUGCUUACGUCUUCGUGUCGCUAGCUUGUGAUGAACUUGCCAACACACUUCUGCAAAAGCAGCGCCGGUUGGUUGGAAGUUGAGAAGGAUUGCUCCGCUUGUAUAUUUUGUUAUUGUUAUCGAAAAAAAUAAAUCGGUAUUGUUUAA